CUGAAAUGGGUUCUCCGAAUGUGCGAAACAGUACUCCCAAUGAAUCUCCUGGUAAUGGGCUUCCGGUUGAGAAAAUUCCUGAAGAAAAUUCAGAUUUUGAUCGUGCAGUUUCGUUGUCCUUGAAGACAGCAGAACAAGAGAAAGCAAUACGUGAGAUGCAGCUGAACGACAGGAAUCAAGAUCCAGGAGUUUAUAGUACACGGAAGCAAGGAAGGUCAUCACAGCAAAAUGGAGCUGAAGUUGUAGAGCAGCAAUUAGUUAGUGAAGAGUCUAAGCGUGAUGGUGGUAGUCAUCUUCAACAGGGAAAACUGGUAGCUCACAGUGAUGUGGAUGAUGAGUAUCUUGCAUCCCACUUAGCUGAUAAAGAGAAAGAAAUGAAUGUUGUCCAUGAAGCUGCAACUUGUCAGUUGAAGGGAGAUGUCAGCAAAAGAAUCGAGCCAAUGGUAGUGUACAAUGAUAAGAAGGCCAAAAUCUUAAAUAUUACUAGGAUACAGGGAAACAGUUGCAUUCUUGAUUCUGUCGUGUGUCCUUGA